AGUGUCAAGUGGUCAAGUGUGCCAGUCCAGUCUACCCGUGCCAGAAGCAGUCAGCUGGUGGGCAACUUUUACUGUCUGGUCAGACACACGAACCGGUUAAGCGUUUUACUCAAUUUUCUGUUAUUUUUUAUGUGGAGUCGUGAAGUUAUAUUCAUUUAAUUAACUGAUAAUGGACUCACAAUGUAGGCUUGCACAGGAUCUGAGGGGUUUGUUGAUUCGCCUUGGGAGGCCGUAUCUGAUCUCGUAUCACUGAUAACGAAUCACCCUAUGAUAUUGUGAACUACCGAUAAAAUGUCAGAAUCUCUGUUCUACGGGUACAUUGAUGUCAAAGUUCCAUCAAGAGGUAGAAAAUUUGGACCAUGGAAGGCCUGGAACAAGCAAUGGUGCACGAUCAGAGUGACCAGUGGGAGGUCAGUUGAAAUAUGCCUUGCGAAUAACAUGUCGAAUCUGAAUUAUUCGUUAACUGUGCAGGUGCCCGUAAAUGCAAGUAUCUGUCGAUCUGAAUCCAGAACAAAAAGUUACGCUUUUGGAAUUUUUCUGCCGGAGAGCAAAUAUCAUGAAGCUGUCCUCUUCCUGGCUGGUAGUUCAGAAACCGAGAGCCAAAAAUGGAUGUCCCAGAUUAGAGCUUUACUGAAGCCAAAUUUAAUUCCAGUGACACAUGAUGAGUUCUUUGUAUCUUUGAUUGAUAACAAGUGCUCACGAAAUGCUGGUCUCUACGGUACUUAUGGGAUUUUGAGUCUGAGUAGUAUUGAUAUGACAAUCACAGACUCAAAUACUGGUAUUAUCAAUGCAUCAUGGAAGUGGAGUCAGAUUGAAUAUGCAAAACUCGCGAUCCCGGCACAAAACGACAAAGACAGUGAAAAAAUAUUGAUAAUUCGUCUAUUGAGUAAGGAGGUGGCUGAAGACUGCGAGUUACAAGUGUUCUGUGAGUCAGCCAUGGAUCUGGAAUCGGCAAUCAACCGGUACCGCUCAUCGCGUCAACACCGGCUCAUGACGUCACCUCUGCCGCAACCGCCCAGUAGUCCAGCCGCGCGACUGCUGCGACUGCACGGCUCGGCCGCGCGACGACUCAGUCGCAGCGAGGGCGACUUGCGGCAUUGGGCCACCUUGCCACCGAACCACAACUCAGCGGCGCUCCGCAGCUCUUCCAAGUGCAUUGACGACCAGCCUAGUCCACUUGGAAAAAUUGCCAAAACCCUGAUAUCGGCAAGCAUCGGUUUGAUUCUAUCUACACCUGGGUGCAGCGAGCCUGACUCAUCACGUGACUACCAGAACAUCAGCACUGAUGAUUGGGAAUUGGUCGAGUACCAUGACAUAGAAAGUGAGACCAAAGACCUUCCAGGUCUGCAUUUCGAAGAGCUUCCAGGUCUGCAUUUCUCAUUUCCAAAGUCCACAUCCUCGAAUAGACGAGAGUCCGGGACGUCAGUCGCUUCCGGUAUUUACGAAGAAAUUGAAGAACAGUCGACAAGAUUACAUCAAACUUCUCUAAAAAGCACUGAGACUGAGAAAAAUAAUGUAGCUCCACCUCCUCUACCGCCUAGGAAAACGGAAUUCUACAAUAAAAUGUAA